UAUGCACACUCUAAUGUCUCCAACAAUAACUGUUGACUUUUUAUUUUCAGUCAGAGAAGCCUGGCAACCAAGAAGUGGUUUUUUGGUGGUUUACGAGAACUUAACUGAAUUGGAAAAUAUUUGCUUUAAUGAAACAAUUUACUCUUGUGCAACACUAAAUUGUGUCAAUCAAGCAAAUAAGGAAGAAAGUCUUAUUUAUAAAAUUGCCUGCUCCUGAUUUUACUUCAUUGCUUCUCAGGCUCCAAGAAGGGGAAAAAAAUGAAGAUUUUGAUACUUGGUAUUUUUCUGUUUUUAUAUAGUACCCCGGCCUGGGCGAAAGAAAAGCAUUAUUACAUUGGAAUUAUUGAAACAACUUGGGAUUAUGCCUCUGACCAUGGGGAAAAGAAACUUAUUUCUGUUGACACGGAACAUUCCAAUAUCUAUCUUCAAAAUGGCCCAGAUAGAAUUGGGAGACUAUAUAAGAAGGCCCUUUAUCUUCAGUACACAGAUGAAACCUUUAGGACGACUGUAGAAAAACCAGUCUGGCUUGGGUUUUUAGGCCCUAUUAUCAAAGCUGAAACUGGAGAUAAAGUUUAUGUACACUUAAAAAACUUUGCCUCUAGGCCCUACACCUUUCAUUCACAUGGAAUAACUUACUAUAAGGAACAUGAGGGGGCCAUCUACCCUGAUAACACCACAGAUUUUCAAAAAGCAGAUGACAAAGUAUAUCCAGGACAGCAGUAUACAUACUUGUUGCUUGCCACCGAAGAACAAAGUCCUGGUGAAGGAGAUAGCAAUUGUGUGACUAGGAUUUACCAUUCCCACAUUGAUGCUCCAAAAGAUAUUGCCUCAGGACUCAUCGGACCUUUAAUAAUCUGUAAAAAAGAUUCUCUAGAUAAAGAAAAAGAAAAAAAUAUUGACCGAGAAUUUGUGGUGAUGUUUUCUGUGGUGGAUGAAAAUUUCAGCUGGUACCUAGAAGACAACAUUCAAGCCUACUGCUUAGAACCAGAGAAAGUUGACAAAGACAACGAAGACUUCCAGGAGAGUAACAGAAUGCAUUCUGUGAAUGGAUACACUUUUGGAAGUCUCCCAGGACUCUCCAUGUGUGCUGAAGACAGAGUAAAAUGGUACCUUUUUGGUAUGGGUAAUGAAGUUGAUGUGCACGCAGCUUUCUUUCACGGGCAAGUAUUGACCAACAAGAACUACCGUAUUGAUACAAUCAACCUCUUUCCUGCUACCCUGUUUGAUGCUUAUAUGGUGGCCCAGAACCCUGGAGAAUGGAUGCUCAGCUGUCAGAAUCUAAACCAUCUGAAAGCUGGUUUGCAAGCCUUUUUCCAGGUCCAGGAGUGUAACAAGUCUUCAUCAAAGGGUAAUACCCAUGGGAAGCAUAUUAGACACUACUACAUUGCCGCUGAGGAAAUCAUCUGGAACUAUGCUCCCUCUGGUAUAGACAUCUUCACCAAAGAAAACUUAACAGCACCUGGAAGUGACUCAGCGGUGUUUUUUGAACAAGGUACCACAAGAAUUGGAGGCUCUUAUAAAAAGCUGGUUUAUCGUGAGUACACAGAUGCCUCCUUCACAAAUCGAAAGGAGAGAGGCCCUGAAGAAGAGCAUCUUGGCAUCCUGGGUCCUGUCAUUUGGGCAGAGGUGGGAGACACCAUCAGAGUAACAUUCCAUAACAAAGGAGCAUACCCUCUCAGUAUUGAGCCGACUGGGGUGAGAUUCAAUAAGAACAACGAGGGCACAUACUAUUCCUCACAUUACAACCCCCAGAGCGGAAGUGUGCCUCCUUCAGCCUCCCAUGUGGCACCCACAGAAACAUUCACCUAUGAAUGGACUGUCCCCGAAGAAGUAGGACCCACUUAUGCAGAUCCUGUGUGUCUAGCUAAGAUGUAUUAUUCUGCUGUGGAUCCCACUAAAGAUAUAUUCACUGGGCUUAUUGGGCCAAUGAAAAUAUGCAGGAAAGGAAGUUUACAUGCAAAUGGGAGACAGAAAGAUGUAGACAAGGAGUUCUACUUGUUUCCUACAGUAUUUGAUGAGAAUGAGAGUUUACUCCUGGAAGAUAAUAUUAGAAUGUUUACAACUGCACCUGAUCAGGUGGAUAAGGAAGAUGAAGACUUUCAGGAAUCUAAUAAAAUGCACUCCAUGAAUGGAUUCAUGUAUGGGAAUCAGCCUGGUCUCAAUAUGUGCAAAGGAGAUUCGGUCGUGUGGUACUUAUUCAGCGUUGGAAAUGAGGCCGAUGUACAUGGAAUAUACUUUUCAGGAAACACAUAUCUGUGGAGAGGAGAACGGAGAGACACAGUAAACCUCUUCCCUCAAACAAGUCUUACACUCCUCAUGUGGCCUGACACGGAAGGGACUUUUAAUGUUGAAUGCCUUACAACUGAUCAUUACACAGGCGGCAUGAAGCAAAAAUAUACUGUGAACCAAUGCAGGCGGCAGUCUGAGGAUUCCACCUUCUACCUGGGAGAGAGGACAUACUAUAUUGCAGCAGUGGAGGUGGAAUGGGAUUACUCCCCACAGAGGCAGUGGGAGAAGGAGCUGCAUCAUUUACAAGAGCGGAAUGUUUCAAAUGCAUUUUUAGAUAAGGAAGAGUUUUACAUAGGCUCGAAGUACAAGAAAGUUGUGUAUCGGCAGUAUACUGAUAACACGUUCCGUGUUCCAGUGGAGAGAAAAGCUGAAGAAGAACAUCUGGGAAUUCUAGGUCCACAACUUCAUGCAGAUGUUGGAGACAAAGUCAAAAUUAUCUUUAAAAACAUGGCCACAAGGCCCUACUCAAUACAUGCCCAUGGGGUACAAACAGAGAGUUCUACAGUUAUUCCAACAUUACCAGGUGAAACUCUCACUUACGUAUGGAAAAUCCCAGAAAGAUCUGGAGCUGGAACAGAGGAUUCUGCUUGUAUUCCAUGGGCUUACUAUUCAACUGUGGAUCAAGUUAAGGAUCUCUACAGUGGAUUAAUUGGCCCCCUGAUUGUCUGUCGAAGACAUUACUUGAAAGUAUUCAAUCCCAGAAAGAAACUGGAAUUUGCCCUUCUAUUUCUAGUUUUUGAUGAGAAUGAAUCUUGGUACUUAGAUGACAACAUCAAAACAUACUCUGAUCACCCCGAAAAAGUAAACAAAGAUGAUGAGGAAUUCAUAGAAAGCAAUAAAAUGCAUGCUAUUAAUGGAAGAAUGUUUGGAAACCUACAAGGCCUCACAAUGCACGUGGGAGAUGAAGUCAACUGGUAUCUGAUGGGAAUGGGCAAUGAAAUAGACUUACACACUGUACAUUUUCACGGCCAUAGUUUCCAAUACAAGCACAGGGGCGUUUAUAGUUCUGAUGUCUUUGACAUUUUCCCUGGAACAUACCAAACCCUAGAAAUGUUUCCAAGAGCACCUGGAAUCUGGUUACUCCACUGCCAUGUGACCGACCACAUUCAUGCUGGAAUGGAAACCACUUACACGGUUCUACAAAAUGAAGGUGGCACCUCCACGUAAAAGAAGCCCAAGACAAUCCCAAAUAAUAUAAUUUCAAAUAGGCAGUGUCUUUCUGUGCUUCCAAGGGAAAGGAGGAACCUUACUGAUUAUUGUUUGUGAAAGAUCCAGGGAAGAAACAAAAUUUACAUGCACUGCUCCCCAACCCCUGCAAUAACCCUCCCCAUGUGUAGGUACACACACACACUCACACACACACACACAACUUAAAAUGGAGAAAAAUGAACAGUUUUUUUUUGUAGGAUUCCUGCACUGUGGCUGCAGGUUUUGGUCUUUCCUGGGUCUUUCGAGUUGAAGACUGUUGUAAUUGGAAAUGGUAAACCCAAAAGGAGGAAAUUAUGUAAAGAAAACCAAUCUAUGUCUUUCCUCCCUAAAAUGGGGAAAAAAGGGAACAUACAAAUGAAGAAAAUAUAAAUGUAAAUAUAUUUCAAGAUUUAAAAAGCUCUGAAAGGUUAACCUUUAGUGUAAAUGAAAAGUUUUAAUUUCUACUCCUGGGUCUUAUACUAACAACUUAUAUCAUGAAAAACUAUUUACAUUAAUGCCCUUUUUAUUAGAGCAGUCACUGAUAACACUAGAAUAUCAAAGACUCUAACAGACAAGCCACUAAAUUUAAUGCCAAUAACUUGAACAAGGUGAAGAGAGCCAAAUAUGAUGACAAAGAAAACUUUAGUCUUUAAAUAACACUAGUAAACCAUGUGGUUACAUGUGGUUGCAUGUAAACCACACAAAAGGAUGGUCUUGCUCAGAAAAAUAAUGGUGAGUAAGUAACAUGGAGGCAUUUGGGGAACUCAUGUGUGCAAAUGCCUGGCAUGCAGAGUAUGGUACUACAGGGUAACCCUACACACACAGCCACAGAGAAGAUUCCUCCUGUGUAACAACCGUGAAAGAAGAGGGAGAUUACUGCUUGGUUAAGAAAGUCAAGAUAAAGCUAUAGGACAAAUUACAGAACAAAUAGCAAAUAUGAAGGAAAAAUCAACACUGGAUAAAGAAUUAAAGAGAAAUUUGACUUUUGCAAAGAGAAAAAGUAUUGCAUGAGACUGAAAGAAGCAGACUGAAUAAAAAAAGAUAGUUUGAACUAUCUUUGGCCCAUAAAAUCAGUAGCUAAGUUUAUCAGUCUGAAUCAUCUUUAAAUAAGUCCAAUAAAGCUUUGAGCAAGUUUACAUUAAUUAUGAGUCUUAGAAAAGUCUGCGUAGCUUUAAAUUUCUUAUAGGCAGGGACUAUGUAUUCUUUAUUUCUAGCUAAGUACCCAAAUCCAAUACAAUAGUUUGCUUAUUGAAUAUAUAACAACAUAUUAAUUCAAUGAAGAGAAACUUUUAAAACUUUUUUUUUGACAUAAUUUCAGAUUCCCAUAUACCUUUCACCCAGAUUCCCUGAAUGUUAACGAUUUGUGUGGCCACAUUGGCUUUCUCAUUCUUUUUCCUGUCUCCCUCUCAUGCUCACCCUCUGUAUGUACACACACAGACGUGUAUAGAUACAUACAACUAUCUUUCCUAAAAA